UUGAAAUACCAAAGUAGUGUUCAACUCUUUCACAGCUCAAAAAUGGCAAAAUCAGCUAUGUAUUCCAUUUCUGUCCCCAUUUUCUUAUUUGUAGUAUCUGUAACUGUGUUGCUAUACACAUCAACUUUAGCUGAAGCUGGAGAUUCCUCUUCCUUUGUUAAAAAGACAGUUUCAUCUCAUUCCAUUGUUAUCUUCUCCAAAUCAUAUUGCCCAUACUGUAGGAAAGCAAAGGCUGUAUUUAAAGAGUUGAAGCAAAAACCUUAUGUCGUUGAGCUUGAUGAGAGAGAUGAUGGUUGGAGCAUCCAGGAUGCCCUUAGUGAGAUCGUUGGCAGACGUACUGUGCCACAAGUUUUCAUUAAUGGAAAACAUAUCGGAGGAUCAGAUGAUACCGUCGAUGCCUAUGAAAACGGGGAGCUAGCUAAACUUCUUGGUGUUAAUGCAAAGAAAGAUGAUCUUUAAGCUGAAUUUGUUACAUGGUAGUUUCAAAUUAAAUGACUCUAAUAUGAUAUCAUCACCAUAAGUUUUUUGCAGCCUUUAGU